AUGGCCCCUCUAUCUCUCCGCGUUCUUGGACUUAACUCCGGCACCUCCAUGGACGGUGUCGACUGUGUCCUCUGCCACUUCACCCAGGAGACCCCCUCAUCUCCCCUUCACAUGAAGAUCCUCAAGUACGACGACAUUGAGCUCCCCCAGUCCAUCAAGAAGCCUGUCUUCCGUAUUAUCCGUGAGAACACCACCACCCCCGAGGAGCUCUGCCAGAUCAACGUCCAGCUCGGUGAGGUCUUCGCCGACGCUGUCGAGGAGUUCUGCAAGCGCCACGGAUUCGACCUUGAGAAGGACAUCGAUGUUAUCGCCUCCCACGGGCAGACCAUCUGGCUCCUUUCCAUGCCCAACGAGGGCCAGACUCGCUCCGCGCUCACCAUGGCCGAGGGUACCAUCCUCGCUGCCCGUCUCGGAAAGACCGCCGUCACCGACUUCAGAAUCUCUGAGCAGGCUGUCGGCCGCCAGGGAGCUCCCAUGAUCGCCUUCUUCGACGGUCUCCUCCUCCAGCACCCUACCAUCCCCCGUGCUUGCCAGAAUAUUGGUGGUAUUGCCAACGUCUGCUUCAUCCCCCCUACCUCUGAGGAGAACGGUGGAAUGAGCGGAAUCUACGACUUUGACACUGGCCCAGGAAACAUGUUCAUUGACUUCGCCAUGCGUCACUACACCAACGGCGCCCAGGAGUACGACAAAGAUGGUGUCUUCGGUGCCGCCGGAACUGUCUCUGAGGAGAUUGUCGCCGAGUACCUCAAGAGCCUCUCCUACUUCGACCAGCCCCCACCAAAGACCACCGGCCGUGAGCUCUUCGGUGACCAGCAGGCUUUCGAGCUCAUCCAGCUCUGCGAGUCCCGCGGUCUCUCUCCUCAGGACACCGUCGCCACCAUCACCCGUAUCACUGCUUGCGCCGCUGUUGAGGCCUACCGCAAGUACGGACCCAAGAACGCCGACGGUACUAUCAAGUGCAAGGAGGUCUACAUGUGCGGUGGUGGAGCCUACAACCCCAACAUCUGGAAGUACAUGGAGUCUCAGUUCGCAGCUGAGGGUGUCAGAUUCACCAUGCUCGACGAGGCCGGUGUCAACGGUGGUGCCAAGGAGGCCAUCACUUUCGCUUUCCAGGGUAUGGAGGCUAUUCUCGGACGUCCUUUGGUCGUUCCCCAGCAGGUUGAGACCAGGACCGAGACUGUCGUUGGAAAGGUUUCUCCUGGACGCAACUACAGGGAGCUCAUGAAGAUGUCUGUUGCUUUCGGUGGUGAUGUUGAGGGUGAGUACCUUCCUGCCGUCAGGCAGAUGGUUCUUAACUCUACUGCUUAA